CUUUUCCUGGACGACACCAAAGUCAAGAACUUCAUCACCUGCUUCAAAGAUGUGAAAUUCCUCACUUUUUUCUUCAAACAACUGGAAAGAAACCGGAGCGGCCGUUACGAAAUGGAAUUCCCUUUCCUUUCCCGUUGCGGCCGGGAACGGAAUUUCCUCCGUUGCGAUGAUCGUCCCGUUGUUUUCACUCAAUUUUUACCAGGAUCCGGUAAAAACCAGUUCCUGUCUUAUUGUGGUGGUGGAGAAGGUUUGGUGGUACCAUUCCAACCAGAAAAUUUACUGGUAUUACCGGAAAAUGGACGACUUUAUCAUCCGGCACCGGUAAAAACGGGCGGCGUUGGGUUGGUACGUUCGGCGUUGGCUUUGGAGUUGAGUUCUUGUUUUGAGUACGAAGAGGGGUUGGAAAAACCCCCCACCCAUUUUUUUUGGCAAGGGAAACGUUACCGGCUCACCGAGGAAUUGUUACCGUUGCUUCGUGAUGGGGAACGAGGGGGGUGUGGUGGGGAAACGAUCACGUCGUGUUAG